AUGGAUCGAUUGCCCCCCGAGCUGCAUAUACGAAUCGGCCGAUAUCUCUUGAUUGAUGAUUUAUACCGGCUGGUUCUCUUAUCGAAAUACUACUAUUCCACUUUCACCCCGGAGCUCUACCGCGAGAUUCAAGUUUCAGGAAGAUACCGGCUGUUGAACACCGAUUUCCGCCUAGACAAGAUUGGCCCUCCUGCCCGAUGCCUCCCUUAUGCCAUCGAUGAAAACCCAGGUCUUGCUGGUUUCGUCCGGUCGCUGGAGUUGGUCCCUUUCGUAUAUCCGGGUUCUCCAAAAAUAAAGCUGUCUAGAGCUCUUCAGGAAACAGGACGGGGAGACUUGCUCUCUCGUCCGCUGACCAGACAGAUGAUCCAGCGUUGGCAAAAGGAACUUGAAUCUGACCAAAGACUCGACUCCUGUCAGCCCCUGAGGAAUCCCUGGUUCGCUCUGCUAUUGCUUCGGCUAAAGAAUCUAAAACGUCUUUCUGUUUUCUUGCCAUGCAAUGAGCACGGAUAUGGCCAAAACGGUCCCGCUCCCACGCCUCGUUUUGACGAAGUCAUCUCAUCGGCAGCAUGCCCUGAAUCAGGGAUCCUCACCCGCUUGACACAUCUUACAUUCAAAGAAUCUCAACCAACUAAUUCUUAUAAACCGCUAGGUAUACCCCUGGCCCGCCUGAUUCCAUUUCUCGAAAUCCCUUCCUUGAGACAUAUUCGUGUUACGCGGAUUACCGAGCAAAACGAACAAGCUCUCCCUCGCAACUUCAACAGCAGAGUAACCCAUAUUGACGUCGAACAAUGCGAUAAAACCGUCACCCAAUUACCGCAGCUGCUCAUGGGGUGUUCAGAGCUCGAAUCCUUCACCUGGACGCUUGAGGAGUCAACACCCCACCGAUUUGGGUACCCGCACAGCCCUGGCUUUCACUGGGAACCCAACCGCGCAUAUGAUUCUCUUUAUAAACUCCGCUCAACGCUGCGGCACCUUAGUAUAACAUCUCACAUAUGCGAUGGCAUCAGCUACCUUCAUCACGAAGUGGAGUAUCCCCAGCCAGCAUACUUCGGGUCCUUGUGUGACUUUCCCGUCCUAGAAACCCUACAAAUGCGGAUGGUCAAUCUAAUGCCAUUUCAACCCGGCACCCAGCUCCCAGUUUUCCCUCUGUGGAAGACUCUUCCAAGUUCGCUGAAGUUCCUAUCUAUAGACAAUUGUCUUAAGCAGACUUCUAAUACGCUGUGCGAUGAGCUGGAGGACUUGGCAGUACAUUGCCCGACACAUUUCUCUCAGCUAGAAGAGGUGCACAUUGCGUAUUCCCAAUAUGAGAAGAUAAAUGGGCAGCAAUGUCCAGCCUGUCAAGGCUGGUCGUACAGCAAUGUCAAGGCAAACCCAGCACUCGUUGCGCGGCUUCUGGCAUUGGUAUACAAAUUUGGAAAGCACAGGGUAAGUUUCAGCCCCUUCGGUAAAUUCAAGGACGGAAAAUAUAUCGGUGGUGGUAAAUAA